AUGUCUGUCCAACAACAUACCACAGACCCAGCUUUCGAGCCGGCGCAUCAACACGUCCACCAACAUAACCACCACUCCCCCCGCGCCGCUCACGACGAUGUCACAUACACAACCGGCAACCCAGAAUCCUCCAUCGUCCCCCCUCAACAACAUCGCUCCUCUCUAGACGAAAAGCGCGCCACUCACACUCCCCCCGACUACAGCGAUCAUGAAAAGAACGAAGCAGGCGUCGUUGAUGCCUCCGCUGGUACAAACUCUGAGCGCAGCGCACCUAUUGGCUGGCGCGCAAAGAUCGGCCCCGUGUACAGACAUCGAAGACCCUUGAUUCACAUGGCUGUCUUUUGUAUCUCUACCGCUUGGUGGAUUGCGUCUUUGGUUCUGCACAAGGAUGACAAGAAUUGGGUUGUUCCUUUCCUUGUCUGGCUUGCCAUCACACUCCGAUUGGUGUUUUGGCAUGUUCCUAGUCGCCAUGUCUCCAACGCUAUCAAGUUCGUCUGGAAGAGCUCCGCUGUGAGAAUCUACGAUAUGAUUCCUUCCAAGUUCCGCACUCUUGCUGGCGCUACCGUCGCUGUCGCUGCCAUCCUCGUCGGAUCUUUCGUCUCCGAGGAAUCUGCGGAUAACACCCGCGAGAACCGCGCUGUUAGUCUGCUUGGUAUGGCUGUCUUCAUCUUCAUCCUCUGGGCAACAAGUCGCGAUCGCAAGGCUAUUAACUGGCGCACUGUCAUCGGCGGUAUGCUUACACAGUACGUCAUUGGUCUUUUCGUCCUGCGAACAGGCGUUGGAUACGACAUCUUCAGCUUCAUCGCCGCGCGCGCAGCCGACCUUCUCGGAUUUGCCAGAGAUGGUGUUGCUUUCCUGACCAACCCCGAUGUCGCUGCCACGCCCAACUUCUUCUUCAGCGUCAUCCCCGCCAUCAUCUUCUUCAUCUCCCUCGUCCAGGUUCUCUACUAUAUCGGAUUCAUCCAGUGGUUCAUCAUCAAGUUCGCCACUUUCGUCUUCUGGGGUCUUGGAGUUUCUGGUGCUGAGGCUGUCGUCGCUGCUGCUACGCCUUUCAUCGGACAGGGAGAAUCUGCCAUGCUUGUCCGACCUUUUGUUCCUCACAUGACAAAGGCCGAGCUUCACCAGAUCAUGACCUGUGGUUUCGCCACCAUUUCCGGAUCUACUCUCGUCGGAUACAUUGGUCUCGGUCUGAACCGCGAGGCUCUCGUGUCCUCGUGUAUCAUGUCCAUCCCUGCCUCUCUGGCCAUUUCCAAGAUGCGAUACCCCGAGACCGAGGAGACUCUCACAGCUGGCCGCGUUGUCAUUCCCGACGACGACGAGCACAAGGCUGAGAACGCUCUUCACGCUUUCGCCAAUGGUGCUUGGUUGGGUAUCAAGAUUGCUGGUACCAUUAUUACCUCUCUUCUCUGCAUCAUCGCCUUUGUCGCUUUCAUCAACGGUAUCCUUACCUGGAUCGGCAGCUACAUUAACCUUACCGGCGAGUACGAUCUUACUCUGCAGUUGAUCCUCGGAUACCUUCUCUUCCCCAUCUCUUUCCUCCUCGGUGUCUCUCGCACCAACGGAUCCAACUCCACUGGAGAUAUCCUCCCCGUCGCCCGUCUCAUCGCCCAGAAGAUCAUCACCAACGAGUACAACGCCUUCACUGACCUCACCACCGACGACCCCACCUCCCAAUACUACGGCCUCUCCCCCCGCUCCCAACUCAUCGCCACCUACGCUCUCUGCGGUUUCGGCAACAUUGGCUCCCUGGGUAUUCAGAUUGGUAUUCUCAGCCAGCUCGCCCCCUCUCGAGGAGGUGACGUUGCUCGUCUUGCCGUCUCUGCCCUUAUUUCUGGUGUCCUGGCCACCCUCACCUCCGCCAGUGUCGCUGGUCUUGUCGUCACUACCCAGCUGUCCGACUUUACUCGAAACCAAUGA